CUUCGGAAUCUACUUGGACAUUUCAUCGAACAUGAGCGGCGCCUUUGUGAAUAAAUUUCAAAGUCAAAUCAUAGGAGAGGUAAUAUUUUUUAACUUGAAAUAGGGUAGUAAGUUUUUAACUGUCAUUUCCAAAGAAGCAUGAACCGACAAAGAUGGAUUGCAGCAGUUGGUGUUGCGUUUACAAUUUGUGGAUUCUUUUGGUGUUCUAAGGCAGCUCAGUGUCACUCGGGAUGGAAAGAAUGGAAUAAAGCUUGCUUUAAGUUUGUUCCUUCCCAAGCCUCUUUCUCAGACGCUUCUGCUGCUUGUAAAAAGGACCAAGCAAAUCUGGUGUCAAUUCAUAGCCCAGAAGAAAACGAAGUUGUGCGAACUUUGGCCGGAGGCAAAAACGUUUUCAUUGGUCUUAACGACAACAAAACUGAAGGAGUGUUCGUUUGGAGCGAUGGUAGCACUGUUACAUAUGAGAACUGGGAAGAUAAUGAACCUAAUGAUGGCUUUAACAUGAGCGAUUGUGUAAUUCUGGAUGGGUCGUCGUCCCGUGGAAAAUGGAAUGACACACCGUGUAUUAUGUGGUAUAAAUAUGUGUGUAAACUUACACACGCCCAGCCCUUCGAUGGGAAAGACAAGAGCGCAACAAAGAAGGAACAAUCCUUCAUCAGCUACGAGUGGAAUGCUCUCAUUAAUCAUGUGAUUUACGAAGAAUUAACGUCAUCCGCCAUUCAUUGUGCUUUUCUUUGCAUGAAUAAUCCAACAUGCAAAUCAAUCAAUUAUAAAUCACAGCACGCGGAUGACGAGGGAGAAUGCCAACUAAAUGAUGCUACGGCAGAGGAAUUUCCGCUGGAUAUCAUCCAUUCGUCUCAUUCUACUUACACUGUCCCUAUUGUUUGACCACAAAACCAACGAGGACCAUGUGACAGACAGACUAUUAUGGGCUGCUUAAACGAUCCUACACUGAUUCCAUUAAACUCACAACUACCAGCUACUCUUAUCGUCAUAUCAUGUGUAAUUUAAAGGGGCUCUGAAUGGUUUCGACUACUCAGCGUUUGGCAUUUUGACACUAGUUUGCUGGACGAUGUAAAAAUGCCAUUGCAGUGCAACUGACAGGCAUUUCUGUGUAAACAGAUUCAAAUAAGAAAAAUCCCAACCUUUCGUUGCCCUGAAACAUCAACAAAAACGAUAGUCAACAUUGGCUUUUUAGUUCUUGAUGAAUAGCAAUGAAAUUGGGAUUAACAGUAUUUGCGCUUUGGGACCUCCAACAUAAAGUGGCUCUGAAACAAGUCAUAAUAAAGAUAUCUUGAUAGGGAGCCAACGUCACUGAUGUGUUAUUCAACGAGGCCCUCAUAAAGUAAAUGGCAGAAGUAAUAGAAAUGCCUGAAUAGUGAAAACUGUAAAACGUAACGGACUGGUCAUAGUUUAUCACCGAAGGGGGGAAGGGCUCGAAGAUUUUG